AUGCAAAGAUCUUCUAAGAGACCCAAAGUCGAUGAAGCUCCGGCAGCGACUCUCUUUCCACAGUCGGCAAUUCCACCGCUAAGAUUGACCCAAGAUCAAGAGUUGGCUGUAAUGGUUGCUGCUCUAAAAAAUGUAGUUUCUGGCACCACCUCAAUGGAUUUUUCAAGCGAGUUAAAUAGAUUUAAUGUGCCAAUCACCACUUCACAUGAUUCACAAUUUGGAAGCACAAGCAGUAAUGGGAGCGGUUUUCACAACUCUUUAUUGCCUCCGUCGGAUCUUGACACGUGUGGUGUUUGCAAGAUCAAAGGUUGUUUAGGAUGCAAUUUUUUCCCGCCAAAUCAAGAAGAUAAAAAGGACGACAAGAAAGGGAAAAGAAAGAGAGUGAGGAAGAAUUAUAGAGGUGUAAGGCAACGCCCAUGGGGAAAAUGGGCCGCAGAGAUAAGAGAUCCACGGCGGGCGGCACGGGUUUGGUUAGGGACGUUUAAAACGGCAGAGGAGGCGGCAAGGGCUUAUGAUAAGGCAGCCAUUGAUUUUAGAGGACCAAGAGCUAAGCUUAAUUUUCCAUUUCCUGAUAGUGGCAUUGCAAGUUUUGAAGAGAGUAAAGAAAAGCAAGAAAAGCAGCAAGAAAUUAGCGAGACGAGAAGUGAAUUUGAAACGGAAAUGGGGAAAGAAAGUACUGAGUUCUGGGAUAAGAUUGGAGAGGAAGAAAUAAAUGAAUGGAUGAUGAUGAUGAUGGAUUUUGGUAAAGGUGAUUCUUCAGACUCUGCUGGUACUGCAAGCGCAUUGGGUUUUAAUUAA